UGUGCAAUCGACACCGCUGCGACGGAAAUCCACGUUCUUGCAAUGGAGGUGGCGCUGAAAACGGAGACAGUCGGCUCUGAUGAAACUUGAGUUUUCACGAAGGAAACAUUGUGCAUUGCAGCUGCUCUCGCCUCUCGGGAUGAAUAGGGCUGUCCUUCCCAUCCGUCUCUCUCCAUCUCUUCUCUUUCUGUCUGUCUCUUUUUCUCUCUGUGUGCCUUCUCCGUACACAUUUUCUGGCAUUUGCACUGAACCAGGAAUUCUCUGGUCCUCAGAAUAAAAACCUAUGAAAUGCUAGGCCUAUACCACCUAGGAUGGUGAUGCUGGAAACAGGCUCUACCCCCGUCCAAGCAGUGCUGGGAGCACCUAGCACCACGGCCUGGGCGCAUCCCUGGGCAGGCUACAAAAUGACCCCAGGACCAUUUUUUUGUGGAGAAAGUGGAGUCAGAGCAAGGGAGCGGGGCUUGUUUCUUCGGGUUGCCUUGGAGCUGGACUAGGCCUACCCAAAGAGAGAUGCGGGCUGACCUCGGAGCACUUCCCCCAGCCCGUACCUUCCUUUCUUUAACUGUAUACCUUGUGUCCUUAGGAAGAAGACCAUCUACAGAAGCAUCUGCCUGUCCUUCGUGCUGGCGAUCAUGGUGAUGGUGCUGCAACGGGGAAUGGCACCCGGCCAGUUCAUGUCGGGCCAGCCGCAGAAGCCGUUCCUUUCCCAGGAGCCGGUGAAAGCUCAGAAGAGGGACAGCAUCUUCUCCAUCACCAGCAACUUUUGGAAGAGCAAGAAGGAGAUUCCCCCAACGGAGGCGGAGCCGGAGGCGGAGGCGGAGCCGGUGACGGAGGAGCAGGUGAGAACCUGGGAUGUCACCACCAGCAACUGCACGGCCAACCCGAACUUCACCCAGAUAGACUGGUUCAAGGGGCUGGAGCCCAACUUCCAGCAGUUCCUGCUGUACCGGCACUGCCGGUAUUUCCCCAUGCUGAUCAACCACCCGGAGAAGUGCAGCGGGGCCGUCGACCUGCUCAUCGUGGUCAAGUCCAUCAUCACGCAGCACGACCGGCGCGAAGCCAUCCGGAGGACCUGGGGUGAGGAGAAGGAGAUGGGGGGCAAGAAGAUCAAGACGCUGUUCUUGUUGGGCACGGCCGCCAAGGAGGAGGAGAGGGCCAACUACCAGAAGCUGCUGGAUUACGAGAACUUCAUCUACGGGGACAUCCUGCAGUGGGAUUUCCUGGACAGCUUCUUCAACCUCACCCUCAAGGAGGUGCACUUCUUGAAGUGGCUCAACAUCUACUGCGACAACGUCCGCUACGUCUUCAAGGGGGACGACGACGUCUUCGUCAGCCCCCGCAACAUCCUGGAGUUCUUGAAGGACCAGAAGCAGGAAGACCUCUUAGUCGGGGACGUCCUGUACAAGGCCAGGCCCAUCCGCAAGAAAGAGAACAAGUACUACAUCCCCAGCGCCCUCUACAACAAGAGCACCUACCCUCCCUACGUGGGCGGCGGGGGCUUCCUCAUGGACGGACCCCUGGCCAAGAAACUGCACAAGGCCUCUGAGACCUUGGAGCUGUACCCCAUCGACGACGUCUUCCUGGGGAUGUGCCUGGAUGUGCCGGGGAGUUGGCUCCCGCGAGACAGGAGGGUAAGCCGCCUCCACCUGCCAUUGCGGGAGGGGCGUGUCCACGUCCCUAAGGGGGAGGGGCUUCAGGGAAACCCCUCGGGGAGGUGCGUCGUGCACUCCCUAUUUUGA